AUGGCGGAAAAAGAAGCCAUUGAAGAAACUCAGAGAAAGCUUCGACUCAACUUGUAUCAAUUCGUAUUUUAUGAAUCGGCAGAUGACCAAUUUACAAGUAUAACAAUCAAAUUCACCUCGUUAACUUUCACAAUCUCGCUAUGUAUCGCGCAGCGAUUCGUUUAGUUGAACCUCGUUGUUAUGUGUGAUGCUUCAGAUCCGUACUGGGCCCAAGGUGAUCAGCCAGUGGCGAAUCCUAUCUAUCAAGAUCGAGGCAAUGGAAUCAUGUCCGAAGGCCGAUAUAGAGAACCUUGAAGAGUUGCUUGAGGAGGAGAACAUCCGGUUUGAUAUAGACCCAAACUACGGUUGGGCACCACACUUUGGAACGCACACAAUGAUACCGAUGUUGGUUUUGAAAUUGAAGGAAAACGAUGAGCAGAAAAAAAGGCCUGCGGUUGUUUUUCUUCACAGUAUGUACAACAACAAAGAGUCCUUGCGUCCGUUGCUUAAGGCGUAUGCUUCGCGGGGAUAUAUUGCAAUUUCGGUGGAUACAUGUUACCAUGGAGAACGUUGCUUAAGGGACACAGGGGCUUAUCGACAUGCACUAGUUUAUUCGUGGAGUACCCAGUACACUAGUCCAUUCAUAUACGACGUGGUUUUGGAAUUGAUUAAAAUUGCAAAUUAUCUAACAACAAGAGAGGAUAUAGAUCCUUCUAGAAUAGGAAUCACCGGAAUAUCACUUGGAGGAAUUCAUGCAUGGUUUGCUGCAGUUGCUGAUGCUCGCUAUUCUGUGGUUGUUCCUCUUAUGGCCGUUCGGGGAUUUCGGUGGAUAAUAGACAACGAUAAAUGGAAGGGUCUAGUUGAUAGUAGUAUGAAGCCUUUGUUUGAGUUUGUUCGUCAUAAAAUGAGUAAAGAUGUUAUUGACAAAGAAGUGGUGGAGAAGGUACUUGACGGUAUUGCUCCAAGUUUAGAUUCCCAAUUUGAUGCACCCUAUUCAAUUCCAGCUAUAGCACCACGUCCGUUGCUUAUUAUUAAUGGUGCAGAAGAUCCUCAGUGUCCCGUUGCAAGCUUGGAUGUUACAAGGUCAAACGCUAGCCAGGCAUACGAAGCGUUUCAGUGUUUAGAUAAUUUUAAGUUUAUUGCAGAACCUGGAGUGGGACACCAAUUAACAAAAUUUCAAGUGAAGGAAUCAUCUGAUUGGUUUGAUAGGUUUUUAAAGCCUUAUAGUUAGUGUCCUCAGAUGUGUUAAUAAAUUAUAAAAGGGAUUGGUCUGACGCAUUGCCUCAUUCAAUUCUCUUUUUGUGAUUGUAUCUGCCAUGAUAUGAACAAACCAAAAUGUUUUUUCCCUAUCAAAUAUAUCUUCCUAGUUCAAGAUAAUGCGAUGUUACAGCACCUAUAUGUUAGAUCCA